AUGUCGAUAUUAUAUAAUUCACAAAAAUAUACUACAAGUGUUGAAGAAAAGAAACUUCAAAGUAUUUAUGAAACAUAUGAUCAAUUCCAGAAGCUUCUCAUUCUGUUCAAUAUUUGUGCACUUGCUAUUUUCUCUGUCUUUGAUGAGCUUGUUUAUCUUCCGGCGUUACCGGAAACCAUCAAAGAUUUCAAUACAACAGAAACAAUGGGAUUGCUAACGAUCAGUAUGUAUUUGUUUGGAUUAGCACUUUCCAGUCUGCUCUGGGGAGCAUUAUCAGACUACUACGGACGAAAACCAAUAAUGAUAUUUGCACUUGUUUGUCUCAUUUUUUCUGGCCUUGGGUGUUAUUUAUCACCAAAUAUCUACGUGUUUAUAAUUUUUCGUGCGUUACAGGGAUGUCUAGUAUCUGCAUCAGUAGUUGUAGCACAAGGAACCAUAGCUGAUGUAUAUGACCAAAAUCAUCGUGGUGAAAUUUAUGGAAUAUUCUAUGGAUGCAGUUCUUUGUCAGGACUGACUGGGCCCGUGUUUGGUGGUGAAAUAUCUCAAAGAUAUGGUUGGAGAUCUACGUUUAUAUUUACUACAAUAUUGGUGACAGUUCUGCUUAUAAUUUACGUGUUAUCAGUACCAGAAACACACCAAUACAUGGUGACACGUAAAUAUCUUGAUGAAAAAGGUGUAAAAUUACUCGAGUGUGAUCAAUCACAGGAACCAAAAUUAAUCAAUCCAUGUUUGCCAUUAUGUUAUUUGAAUCAUUGUUCAAUUUUACCCUAUCUUCUACCGCUUGUUGCUGGAAUGUUAGCAUUUAAGUGCUGUAGUGUAAUGCUAACAACCACGAUGUCUUUACCGCCAUAUUCGCUGUCUGAAAGCGCAGUUGGCAUGCUAUACAUUCCUCUGGGAAUAGCCUAUCUAUUAGGUAGUGUAGUUGGAGGAGACUUGGCAGAUUAUGUAGCACGAAGAUCGUUUCGAAUCUCGAAGAUUCUUGAAGGACGAAUGAUACCAGGACUCUUGCUUUCUCUGACAACUAUUAUUGGUCUACUGCUUUUUGGGUGGACUAUAGGAAAAGUUCCACAUGCAAUUAUACCCUUAACUGGACAAGUUCUUGCUGUCUUCGGUGGAUCAACAACUCGACCGGGGAUUCUUUCGUAUCUUACAAGCAAAUAUCAAGAAAAUUCAGGCAGUGUUAGUUCAUUAGCGUAUUCUUUUCAAUAUUUGGUUGCGUCAAUCGUUGUUUCGUUCAUUGCUCCAACUAUCGAAAUAAUACACAGUGGUCCGUUUUUCACGAUCUUAGCUAUUGUCAGUUUAUCAACAACGAUUAUUGCAUUUGUAUCCAUCUAUGAAAAGUUUCGUUCAGAUCAAAAUUCUGAAAUGCAAUCGCUCUUAUAA